AUGGAUCCAGCUGUGCUCCUGGUGUUGGCUCUCUCCUGUUUGCUUCUCCUUACCUUCUGGAAGCAGAGCUCAGGCAGAGGAAAGCUGCCUCCUGGACCCACUCCUUUCCCGAUCAUUGGAAACAUUCUACAACUAGAUGUGAGGGACAUCAGCAAAUCCUUGGCUAAUUUUUCUAAAGUCUAUGGCCCCGUGUUCACCCUGUAUUUUGGCACAAAGCCCACUGUGGUGCUACAUGGAUAUGAGGCAGUGAAGGAGGCCCUGAUUGAUCUUGGAGAAGACUUUGCUGGAAGAGGCAGGUUUCCUAUACUGGAAAAAGUUAAUAAAGGACUUGGAAUAAUUUUCAGCAAUGCCAAGUCAUGGAAGGAGAUGCGGCGCUUCUCACUCAUGACCCUGCGGAAUUUCGGGAUGGGGAAGAGGAGCAUUGAGGACCGAGUUCAAGAGGAGGCCCGCUGCCUUGUGGAGGAGCUGAGGAAAACCAAUGCCUCAUCCUGUGAUCCCACCUUUAUCCUGGGUUGUGCUCCCUGCAAUGUGAUCUGCUCCAUUAUUUUUCAUAAUCGCUUUGACUAUAAAGAUAAGGAUUUUCUUAAACUAAUGGAAAAAUUGAAUGAGGAUAUUAAGAACCUGAGUUCUCCAUGGUUGCAGAUCUGCAAUAUUUUCCCAUUUCUCAUUAAGUGUUUCCCUGGAAUUUGUAACAAUUUGCUAAAAGAUGCUGAUUACACAAGAAAAUUUAUUAUGGAGAAAGUGAGAGAACAUGAAAAAUCAUUGGAUGUGGAAAAUCCUCGGGACUUUAUUGAUUGUUUCUUAAUCAAAAUGGAGCAGGUAAAUUAUUCACAACAGCUCACCCUUUGGUUGCUUCUGCAUGUUGAGUUCAAUUAUGAGAGUUUGGUAAUCACUGUGUCUGAUCUGUUUGGAGCUGGCACAGAGACAACCAGCACGACACUGAGGUACUGUCUCCUGCUCCUGCUGAAGCACCCAGAGGUCAGAGCUAAAGUGCAGGAGGAGAUUGAGAGUGUGAUCGGCAGACACCGGAGCCCCUGCAUGCAGGACAGGAGCCGCAUGCCCUACACGGACGCUGUCAUCCACGAGGUCCAGAGAUUCAUUGACCUCAUACCCACUAACCUGCCCCAUGCAGUGACACGGGAUGUUUACUUCAGAAACUACCUCAUCCCCAAGGGCACCACUAUCAUCCCAUCACUGACAUCCGUGCUACAUGAUGAAAAAGAAUUUUCCAACCCUAAAGUAUUUGACCCUGGACAUUUUCUGGACGAAAGUGGCAACUUUAAGAAGAGUGACUACUUCAUGCCCUUCUCAGCAGGAAAACGGGUUUGUGUGGGAGAGGGCCUGGCCCGCAUGGAGCUGUUUUUGUUCCUGACCACCAUCUUACAGAAUUUCAAUCUGAAAUCUGUGGUUGAACCAAAGGACCUUGACAUCACUGCAGUCGCCAAUGGAUUAAUUGCUGUUCCACCUCCAUACCACCUCUGCUUCAUUCCUGUUUAGAUGGAGCACCCUGGCUGCUGGUGCACUGGCAUCUACAGU